CCGGAGCCCCGCCCACUCGGGCCGCGAGGGCUGCCGGGACGGCCCCCAUCUUCCUCACGCGCGGUAGGCCAGCCGGCGGCGCUGGGAAGUGGAGACGUUGUUGUCGCUGUUAGUGUUUGCGCGGCGUGGCUUUGUGGGACCGGGACCUUAAAGAUAGCCACAAUGGCCGAAAAUGGUGAUAAUGAAAAAAUGGCUGCUCUUGAGGCCAAAAUAUGUCAUCAAAUUGAGUAUUAUUUUGGUGACUUCAAUUUGCCACGAGACAAAUUUUUAAAGGAACAGAUCAAACUGGAUGAAGGCUGGGUACCUUUGGAGAUAAUGAUAAAAUUCAAUAGGUUAAACCGUCUAACAACAGACUUUAAUAUAAUAGUGGAGGCACUGAGCAAAUCAAAGGCUGAACUCAUGGAAAUAAGUGAAGAUAAAACUAAAAUCAGAAGAUCUCCAAGCAAACCCCUCCCUGAAGUGACUGAUGAAUAUAAGAAUGAUGUAAAAAACAGAUCUGUUUAUAUUAAAGGCUUCCCAACUGAUGCAACCCUUGAUGACAUAAAAGAAUGGUUAGAAGAUAAAGGUCAAGUACUAAAUAUUCAGAUGAGAAGAACAUUACACAAAGCAUUUAAGGGAUCAAUAUUUGCUGUGUUUGAUAGUAUUGAAUCUGCUAAGAAGUUUGUUGACGCCCCUGGCCAGAAGUAUAAAGACACAGACCUGCUAAUACUUUUCAAGGAAGAUUACUUUGCAAAGAAAAAUGAAGAAAGAAAGCAAAAUAAAGUGGAAGCUAAAUUACGAGCUAAACAAGAGCAAGAAGAAAAACAAAAGUUAGCAGAAAAUGCUGAAAUGAAAUCUCUAGAAGAAAAGAUUGGCUGCUUGCUGAAAUUUUCAGGAGACUUAGAUGAUCAGACCUGUAGAGAAGAUUUGCACAUCCUUUUCUCAAGUCAUGGUGAAAUAAAAUGGAUAGACUUUGUCAGAGGAGCAAAAGAGGGGAUAAUUCUUUUUAAAGAAAAAGCUAAGGAAGCACUGGAUAAAGCCAAAGAUGCAAAUAAUGGUAACCUACAAUUAAGGAACAAAGAAGUGACGUGGGAAGUACUAGAAGGAGAUGUGGAAAAGGAAGCACUGAAAAAAAUCAUAGAAGAUCAACAAGAAUCUCUAAACAAAUGGAAGUCAAAAGGUCGCAGAUUUAAAGGAAAAGGAAAGGGAAAUAAAGCUGCCCAGACUGGGUCUGCUAAAGGAAAAGUACAGUUUCAGGGCAAGAAAACUAAAUUUGAUAGUGAUGAGGAACAUGAUCAAAAUGGUGCAUCUGGACUAGUAAAGAGAGCAAGAGAAGAAACAGACAAAGAAGAAGAACCUACACCAAAACAACAGAAAACAGAAAAUGGUGCUGGAGACCAGUAGUUUAGUAAAAAAAAUUUUUAUUCAUCUUAAUUAGGUUUUAAGCUGCUUUUGUCUUUAGAGGCUUUUAAAAAGAAAACCGAAUUAGAUCCACUUCAAUAUCAACCUGUAAGAAAGGAAAAUUUUUUGUUUAACUUGUCUUUUUUUGUUAUCCAAAUGAAGAUUUUUUUUAAAUGUAUAGUUCUGUUUGUGUUAUUUCGAAUUAUUCAAAUAUCGAAAGACUCUUCCACUAAAUUGCCUUUGUAAUAUGAAAAUGUAUUAGUACAAAUUAAUAAAAUAUCUACUAUAUAAAAAGAGCAAAAACUUAGUUUUUUAUUUUUGUGCCUAAAGCAUUUGAGAAAGAAUAUCUUAAACCAGAAUAUUGGCUGUUAUCCCCAUCGAUAAUUAUUCUAUAUCCUAGGCUAGCUUUCUAUAUUUACUCAGGCAACUUUAUAACAUUGCAAAUAAUUACUUAUUGAAAAGUUCUUCAGUACUGAAUGUAGGUAAGCCAGAAUCAAGAGACUUACUGAUUUCUUUUUAUGAAAUUUGUAUGAUGCUGGCAGGUCAUAUCGCAGCUCUAUAAAACAAAAGCCAUCUAAGAAUAAAAAUUCAUUUGCUAUAUACAAAAAUCACUUACAUACACACACAUAUGUAAAAUAAAACAAAAUUAAGGAAGUACUUAACCCUGGUAAGCGGAACACUUCAGACCUGUCACUUUAACUUAUCCAGAGACUGACUUGAUAUAUUCCCAAGAUUAGCCAUGGCUAACUGAGGUUGGCAUUUCUGCUAUUUUGGUCAUUUAUGCCAAAAUUUGAGGUUAUGGGGAAGAAUUUGAAAGGAUAAUAGUUGGCCAGAAGAUGAUAGUACCUUUCUAAUUUCUUAAUCUAUGGCUAGCAAUCAUAAUAAUCAUGCUUGUUUUUAAAAUUUGGAUUUUAAUAUUAAUAGUAAGUAGCUAAUUACUUUCCUAUUAAGCUCUCAAGUGAAAAUACAUUUUUCUUAUUCUAAGAAAUAAUGUAGGUUCUCCACACUUACUCAUCAGCUUCAGAGGGAUGGCAAUAGACUGCCUAUCCUUCAUAUUUUGCAACAUAAAUUCUCUAUAGGUUAUAGCUCUCAAAUUUUAAUGUGUAAUCAAAUCACCUUCAAAUAAAUCUUUUUAAAAUGCUUAUUACAAUUCAGUAAGUCUGGGUGGAGCCUGAAAUUCUGCAAGUCUCAUCUCCCAAAGGAUGUCAAUACUAAUGGUCUGAGGACCACAUCUGGAGUAGCAAGGCACUGGCUUGGUAUACUUGGAAUUUUUCUGAGGUGCUCCAGGUUCCAUGUUACAAUACCUUAAGCUAGGUAAGGAAUGACAAUCCUGGAUAAAUAAGAGGACUGACAGACUUCCACAUUACAUUAGUAAUUAUGAAUAGGACUAGUUAUAUGGUUAACACCACAGUGCUAAUCCUAGUCAGUUUAUUACCAAAUAAAGAACAUUUCCCCCUUAUUGUACUCUUACUUCAGCCUUCAGAAUUACUUGGAUUAUCAUUAGUUUCUAGGUAUAUGUUUUUCCCAUUUUGAUGUUUGUGAAUAUUACCCAAUUUGCUAAUAAAAAUGUAUCCAACAUUUA